AUGUCCGCCGAACCGCCUGAGCUGGGCAAAACCCUCCGUAUGCCAAAUGGGUUCGACCACUGGAUUUUUCUGGUCUUCUGGGUGUGCUGCCUCUUGCAUGUGACAAAGGGCAUAACCUCUGACGGUAACAUGAACGGGACUUUACCACAGGUUGAGCUCAGCGUGAAAGAAAAUACGCCCCCAGGAACAAUUAUUGGGAGUAUCUUCAAUGGCCUUGACUAUCGUGGACAAAGUGUGAAGUUCUACUUACAAAAGAAUGCCUUCUUCAAACUAGAUGCGAACGGAUAUGUACUUGUGGCUGGUCCACUCGACCGGGACGAUAAUCCGGCUCUCUGUCAGGAGCCAGGUUUUCCACAACUCUGUAUUUGGAGCAGUUUGUUGUUUGACAACAGUGGUCAGUAUCUGCCGCUGAGGAUAAUAGUCGACGACGUCAAUGAUAACGCUCCCUUCUGGCCCGUAGAUCACAUAGUAUUGACGGUACAAGAAAACACGGCUGCCGAAGUUUUGCUGGAACUGUCCUCCGCACGCGAUCCUGACUAUGGCAGAAAUGGAAUUAAAAAGUACAAACUGGAGACGACAGCAGAGGACAGUUAUUAUUUUGCGCUGAAGAUGACCACUGCCAUAUCCAAGCCAAAGCGAAGAAUACGGACAAAGCUGCAGGACGUCUCCUCUGCUGAAUACUACGAUGAGGUCGGAAUUCCCUGCCUGGUCGUUCUGCAUGCCCUCGAUCGAGAGACAAAACCCUGGCACAACCUAAGCCUUCUUGCAAUAGAUGGCAGUCCCCCCUUCCAUACCGGCAGUUUGCUGAUUUUCAUUAAAGUGGGCGAUGAAAACGACCAUUCACCGAGUUUUCAGCAUAAGAAGUAUAAAGCCUACCUGCCUGAAACUGCACCCGUGGGAAGUGUUGUAACCCUGCAGACUUCUGGGCAGUUGCCCUACCAGGACGAUCGUCAGUCAGACGACGAUGGGACCUUUGGCUCAAAAGACAGCCGGGGCCAAACAGUAGAACAGUUUCUGGCCACUGACAAAGACGAGGGUAUCAAUGGCAGAGUCCACUACACCUUUGCCAGAUCAACACCUAGUGAAAUCCAAAAGACUUUUGCGCUGGACAGUGCGUCAGGCAAACUGCGUGUCAUGAGGCCGCUGAGCUACGAUGACGGACCAACCUCCUGGACCUUUCAAAUUGUCGCCAGUGACUGUGGACGGCCACCCCGGUCUGCCGUGACAGAAGUCACCAUUGAACUGGAAGAUACCAACAACCAUGCGCCCAAAAUCCGUGUUCAGUCGCCGUCCGUAUACAAACGUCUCAACGACACGGAAGUUCCCCUCAUAGAGGAGGAAUCGCGAUCAGUGCUAACGAUUCCGGAAAAUGUCAACAUGACGAUGAAACAUCUGGUGACCAUAACCGUGCAAGAUCGGGAUACAGGCAUCGGUGGCGAAUUUUCCUGCGUACUCCGUUCGCCUAGUGGAAUUAUCUCAUCAAUUGAUGCCUCCUCCUCCUCCGAGAAAGCUGCGGUCGCCACUUCGGGAAUGUUUCACCUCAAGCUGAAAGGCAAGGUCCCACAGGUGAAUAUCUACAACCUCUUCGCAGUGGGAACCUUCGAUAGGGAGAAGACGCCCACCGUGCCCCUGUGGAUAGUCUGCCAGGAUAAAGGCAGCCCCCGACUCACCUCCAGUCAACUCAUACAAAUUGCCAUACUUGACGAGAAUGAUAAUGCGCCACAGUUUGAAUUUCCAUUCUAUAAGCUGACCGUUCGGGAGGAAAUUCCAAACGGAUCAGUUGUCGGUGUGGUGAGAGCCAUGGACCCCGAUGCUGGAGAAAAUGCACGUAUAUCCUACACACUCUCCUGGCCCAAAGGGACGAAAAGCAAGGACAUGGUCUUCACAGUUGACCAGAAUGGAAACGUCAUGUCAACUGCUGUAUUGGACAGGGAGGCCGUUCCUUACGGAUACAAUUUUACGAUAGUCGGGAAGGACAAUGGCGAGCCGUCAUUGAAUGCAACAGCUCAGGUGCACAUCGAUCUUCUUGACGUUAACGAUUGCGUCCCAGUUUUUGCAAAGGAAAACUACACCUUUCUGAUAACGGAGGAUUGGGGAACCAUUUUCAAGGUACCCCGCCUUGUUGGAGUUGUCUCAGCGACCGACUGCGACUCAAGCGAGUAUAAUAGGAUUACGUACAGCAUUCUGGACAAGAGCAACCUAUUUACCAUAGAUCAAAACGGCGCAGUUACCUCUGUUGCACUCUUGGACCGCGAGACGGCAUCUCGGCAUAACAUCCAAGUGAUUGCCAUUGACGGUGACCCGGACCCACCACUUUUGAGUGAGCAUGGUGAAGGCAGCCACGGUCUCACAAAAAGCCAACGAAAAGAUGUAGUAAAUACAGCUAUCGUGACUGUGCAGAUCUAUGUUGAAGACCUCAAUGACAAUGCCCCCACCUUCGUCUACCCUAACAGCGCAUCCAACAUGGUAAGCGUUAAACGUUACAGCCUUUGGGGCUUAUCAGGAAUGCAGAAACAUAUUGGACUAACGUUGGAAUAA